GUAAAGUAAGCAGGUUUUCGAAAUUCUGUAUUUGCACCUUUUUGACAUGUUCUGUAUUCUGUGCAUAAUGUGAUGCUUCAUCUGUUUCUAAUUGGAUUCAAACACUCCAAAAAUGUGGAUGAAGUUUCGUUGGAAUAAGUGUUGCCUUCUCAGAAACUGUAUUUUCAAUUAUUUUGUAUUGGUUUUGAUGCUACAAUUUCGCUGCCAAAUGGGCUCGGGAGUCGCCACUUUUUCUUCUAAGUAUUCUGAUGAAAAUUCUGUUCCUUUUGCAUUUACUUCACCACUUUAUGAAACAGUGUUAAUUAAUGAUGGAAGUUUGCACCGAUAUAUUAUUCCCACCAGUCAUCAUAUGGGUGUUUCCGAACCAUUCAGUGGGAACCCAUCUGGUGAUGUCGUAUUUAACAUCAUGGAUUUUGAUGCUCACAGUUCUUUUCGAGCUGCUUGCAAGAAACUCGGAAAAUUUUUCUUUUUGCAUCUUUAUGCUUCAUCUGAUAGUCCAGCUAUCAAGAAGAAACCAAAUUAUCGAUUCAAAGUUGAGGCAGUGUUCACUUCGCACAACCAUUCAUCAGUUACUCCAAUCCGAUUAAGCAAUACUACCGAAAUCAUCGUAAACGUCAUAGCUGUUCAUGAAAACUGUCCUAUCUUCACCAGAAGUUUCCAUCAUUUCGAUGUUCCUGAAAACAUAAGCGUCCAACAGUCUAUAGGGAAGUUGUCUGCAAGUAGUUCAGGUUCCAGCGUAAGUGCACAGAAUUUGUUUUAUAUGGAUCCGUUCGAACUCGAUAUACCUUUUCGGGUUGACUUGUAUUCAGGUGAUAUAUUCCCCACUCGUCCUUUGGACAGUCAAUACGCAAAGAUUGGUUAUCCAGAAUUUAUUCACGGAAAAUCGGAAAUCGAAAAUUUUGGGCUUUUAAAUUAUACUUUCAAUGUUUCUGUUGUGAGUCGUGGCGGCAGUGAUCGUAUACGCUGUAAUAUGGUUAUUGCUACAAGAGUUGAAAUAUCGAUCACUAAGUUCCGGCAUUCAGAUUUAUCAAUAAAGGUUGAACAUCUUGAAGAAAUUACCAUGCCGGGUGCGGCCGGUGUAGCUUAUGCUCGUGUUCACGUUGUUGGCUCACCGUCUUCUGUUGGCUCAGCAAUUGGACUCAGGAUUUCAGAACCAGAUAUGAGAGAAAAGUUUGAACUAGUGUCAACAAGUAAGAAAAAUGAAUGGGUAAUUCAGGCUAAGUAUGAUAUACACUCUAUUUCACUAAAUUCGUGGAUGAUGAUAACGUUGGAAGCAUACGAGGUCCCCAAGUUUGUUACCAAAUGGGAUGAAAAUCUGAAUUUUUUCACAGGCCGUUUGUCUCGUCUAAAUGUUAAUAUUCCUUUGGUUUUCAAGUCUAAAUAUAAAUUAUCUUUGCCCUCAGAAAUAAGAAUUCGUUUAUCAGAGGCUGCCAUUGUGAAUUCAACUAUAGAGGUUCUAAGGCCAUCAGCGAUUUUUAAUAUGACCAAUGCAAGCUUUGUGUUUACAGAUCUUCGUAGUCAAAAUCAAAAAUCGGAAUCCAAAGAAAAGAUAAGGUUGACAAAAAGUGGUUCUCUUGUGGUUGUGCAGCCACUUGAUUUAGAGAAUGAUAUUUCUGUCCAAAAAUCACCUCAGGCUCAUGUCGAUAACGUAAUUACCAUUCCUUUUACUGUUGUGGAUGGCAAUAAUUUGUUAUUAAGCAGUGCACCAGAGUCACGUAUCAUUGUUGAGGUUUUCGAUAUAAAUGAUUUAGAUCCUGUUGUGCAAAACAAUGGUUCUGUAUUUGAAAUACCUGAAAAUGUCUCUUUGAAUUCGCAUGUACUUUCAGUUAUCGGAUACGAUCCUGAUGUGUCACAUACAGAUCUUUCUUAUGUCCUAUAUGAUGCUGACAUCUUACCAUUUACAUUAAUUGGUCCUCGUAAUGAUAAGCUAGUAGUGUCGAAGCCUCUCGACGCAGAAACUAUGCCAACAGAAUUCAUCGUUCGCGUACUUGUGUCAGAUUCUGGGAUUCCACUCCCUCGUAGCGUUUUAGCCGUUUACAUCAUUCGAAUCCUGGAUAUUAACGAACACCCUCCAGUCUUUGUGGAAGAUUCUUGUGAAAUUUCACUUCCAGUCACAGAUGAGGGCUCCAUUUUCUCCAAAGCAGCACCAUCGUCACCGAGCCUUAAUAUAGGUCGGUAUUUCGCUGAGGACUUGGAUCGAGAUGGUCAGAGUUCUGUUACAAUCCACAUAGCAGCUAGCAGUUUUCCAAGACCAUGUUUCAAAAUUGAGGAACAAACAGGUGAUCUAAAUGUUGUUUGUUCUUAUUUAGGUUCUCCAGGAGCUCAAAUUAUACUUAAUUUAUUGGCUUCAGAUGGUAUAAAAGUUUCCAAAGAAUCAUGUACAUUGUCAUUAAAUCUAGUUCGUUUUCAAGAAAUAGCUGGUACUAAUUUCACAAGGCGUUGCAAGUCAUCUCAUGUUUAUGAUAAAUUACAAGCACUGAAAAUACAAAAAAAGAGGUAUGAAUUUCUACUUAGUCAAAAUACCGUUUACGAGCUGCAGUCGAAUCGCCAUCGACCACAAUUCCCGACGGACUUACCUACUCGUAUACAUAUUCCUGAAAAUCUUCCUAUAGGUACAGUUGUACUGAGGUUUGCGGCUUCAGAUGAAGAUGGUCCAGACUAUUCAAUGUCUGGGCAGAUCAUCUAUGGAUUAGAAGCUUUGAGGUCAGUGUCCUCCGAAACCGAAGCAGCAACAUAUAUUACAGACGUAGAUAUCAAACAAGCUUUCAUACUUUUGCCGAAUUCGGGGUUAUAUAGGGAAUUCGUUAACAACACAACAUUCUGCUGUGGUGUUUCGCUGGUAGUGGCUGCCUCCUUAGAUCGGGAAGUAAUUUCCAGUUAUAGUUUGAUUUUACGUGCAUGUGACCUUGGUCAACCGCAGUUAUGUACUUUUUCUCCACUACAUAUCUUCCUUGAUGAUUUAGACGAUAAUGCCCCUGAAUUUUUAAAUCCAUCUGUCCAACAAAGUAGUAAUAUGGUCCAUAUCUCUACGAAUCCUUCAAUAUCAACAUCUUCUAAUCAGGAUAGGGCUUCAGGUAUUAUUAACGUUCCCGAAGAUGCACAGCCUGACACAAUAUUGGGUCAAGUUCGAGCUGUCGAUCGUGAUGUUACGAGCGAAGUUCGUUAUUAUCUGUUAAAUUUUCAGGAUGUAUUUAAGAUACAUAGUCGAACAGGCAAAAUCCGUUUGAAAACAAAAUUGGAUAGGGAGACUCAAGCAGUAUAUGAACUAUUGGUGUCUGCAGUCGGCUAUCCUCGUGGAAACCAUCAACAGUCCCAGUUUAAAAUACCAUACUUUGAUUUUAUCCAGGUCUCUCAAGCGGUCGACUAUGAUGUUCGACGCUCCGCAAAUACGCGUAUCAACAUAAUCGUAACUGAUGUCAAUGACAAUCCUCCAGUAUUUUACUCCCCUGGUCUACCUCAAGAACAUCAAUAUCUAUAUAAUAAUUCAUCUGGAAUCACCGGUUUGAAUGCUUGGCUAGGGACUGAUGGAUAUGUUGUCUACGUGCCUGAAGAUAUCCCAGAAGGUGCUUAUAUAACUACGUUGAUGGCUACCGAUAGAGAUGAAGGUAUGAAUGCUUUGAUCAGAUAUAGUCUAUUCGGGAAGCAGGAGAGCAGUGCAAAUUGUUUUCAUACAGAUCAGAUGACUGGUGUUGUUCGUUUAGCUGCAGGAUGUGAUUUGCAUAGAAGUAGUCGUAGUCAUGUUCUUACAGCUUGGGCUAUGGAUCAUGGUGCAUCGCAGCUGUAUGCUAAUAUUUCAUUCAUUGUUCAUGUCUUGUCUGUCAAAUUGAAUAUUUUUCCACCUCGUUUUAUGGCACACCCAGCUCUGUUUAGUGGAUGGAUACGUGAGAACCAACCUUCUGGAAGUUUCGUUUUUUCAAAGCGUGAUCUUGCAUCUAAAUUGCAACUGAAAGCAAUUGAUGCAGAAGGUAGCAAUGUAAUUUUUGUUGUAGUUGGGGGAUCAGGAUUCGGUCUGUUUGGUGUGAACGAUAAUGGUCGUUGACGAAAAUGAUCAUUUUCCUGUAUCUCCGAUUCCACAAUACGGCCAUCACUUGUUGGAAAAUUCACCUGCUAAUAUUGUAGUAGCUCAUAUUGUCGCUUCUGAUUCUGAU